CCCUAACUUUUUGUAAUGUAAUCUACAUUUCGAUUCGGUGAUUAAUAAUGUGUGUUUCUACGUUUUAUACAUAAUGGAACGGUUUUGUAUUUUACUUCGAAACAGUCUUGGUAAAAAGAAAGAAAAAGGACUCAUAAAAUCAACAACUUCAAAAGUUGAUGUUUUACCAGGGACUCUGUUGAUUUUAAUGUAUGUUGACAACAGUCAUCAUUCUCAGCAUAGUUAUAACCAGUAUGUUUUAGAAACCAUUGACCAGGAUAAUGUUGAAGUUCGGUGCUCAGUCGAUGAUUUUAAGGAAAUAUCACGGGAUGCGUAUGAUUUGUUGAUAACAAUACCAACGUGUAAUGAACGUAUUACAAUAUAUUUGCACGAGUCGUGGCUGAAAGAUGGAUUAGAACUAAAUGUUGGUGACUAUGUUGAAGUUUAUGAUAAAGCCUCAGCAAAAGACUUGAUCGGAGUGUUACGUUUUAAAGGCAAUGUUGAAGGAAUCAAAGGAAUCCACUUUGGUGUUGAAUUGAUUUAUGACCGGGGUAGAGGCACCAGUGAUGGAGUCUUCCGCAAACAGCGAUUUUUUCAGUGCCGCCCUGAGUCAGCGAUAUUUGUUGGUUUGCAUAGAAUACGUAAACACAUGGGUACCCCACCGAAGCCCCCUCCCUCCCCAACCCCUGGAGGGGCCCAGUUUUCGUCAAACGUGCUCGGGCUUCAGAUAGGUGAUCGUAUUGUAUGGAUGAGUGACCUCGGGCCAGAGUAUGGCUCUGUGAAGUGGAUUGGCCUCCUGCCAGACUCUCGCUCAGACGAUGAUAUUACAGUUGGAGUUGAAUUUGACAAUCCCGUUGGCUCGGGGACAGGAAAGUACCGAGACCAGCGUCUGUUCACAUCCAAACAGAACCAUGCGUCCCUCGUACCAAUACUGGGGCUGUUAAAGGAGAAGGAUUUCCUCAGCAUGCAGCAAGAAGGUGCUGAGGCAGAUUUCAAUAUGGCAGAUUAUGCUGAUGAUCGCGGAAAAUCAAAGAGUGAAAUACUUGAAGAACAGGAAAGGCUUCUGCUAGCUAACAAGAAGAGCCAGUCACGCAAGGUGGCAGGGAGUUGUGAGUUGUCAGAGAGGACGGCCCAGAUUGAGCCCCCACCCCCUCCUCACCAGCCUGCAGGGAGUAGCAAAGGGGUUAACCCUCUGUAUGAGUACACACGACCAGAGAAAGAAUAUAUCCCGGAGUUAGGUAACAUGUUGAUAACAGACGACGACCUUCUUCCCCAUGGCUCACAGGGCCCUGUCUUGAGCUCUUCAUCUCGCGCGAAAAAUCUCCCCGAAAUGCAGCCUGACCCUGACCUUACUGUGGGCUCACUGGUAGAAGUCAUGUCGCAGAAACCCCUGUAUGGUCUCAUUAAGUGGAUCGGAAAUCUCCCAGAUCAAAAAGAGCCAAAAAAAUUGAUAGCUGGGCUCGAAAUGGAAGAGGAGAUAAAUGCUGGUACAGAUGGAACUUUUGGAUUGCACAGACUGUUUACAUGUCCGCCUAGGAAAGGCUUCUUUGUUCCGCUAUAUAAGUGCCGAAAGGAUAAGCGUUUCACGGAUGACAAACUAAUGCACAUUCACUCUGAUAGGAGUAUAAAUUUCGGAAGUACGGAAACCCCUGAUUUGGAGGGGACUGUUUCGCCGCCAGAUUCUUUAUGGGAUGUAUCGAUAAUAUGCGGGAAGGGAAAGGGAAUUCAAGGUCAUCAUAACUCGUGCUAUAUGGACGCAACACUCUUAGCUAUGUUUUAUUUUACGACUGUGUUUGAUUCAAUAUUGUAUCGUCCAAAAAAUGCUCAAGAUAUACUGGAGUACAGUGAAGUUCAACAAGUAUUAAAAGAAGGAAUAGUAAAUCCAUUAAGAAAACACCAUUAUGUUCGUGCAGACAAAAUGAUGAAGUUACGGAAAUUGCUGGAUAAAGUGGGUAAAAUACCUGGAAUGAUGAGUGAAGAAAAAGAUCCGGAGGAAUUCCUUAACCUACUGCUUAAUGAAAUAACCAAAGCUGAUCCAUUUCUUAAAAUAUGUACUGAAACUAAUAAUCAAGAUGUCCAGCAUACGUUUUUCUACCAGCUAAUUAUGGAGAAGGACGAGCGGCUAGUUCUACCAACAACGCAACAAUUGUUCGAGCUCUCUUUCCUGCAGAUGGGGAUUAAAUUACAAGAAGUGCCAUCAUGUCUGAUAAUCCAGAUGCCACGGUUCGGUAAGGAGUACAAAAUGUACAAGAGGAUUUUACCCAGCCUUGAGCUUGACAUUACUGAUGUACUGGAAAAUGUACCACGGGAGUGUAUAAUCUGUGGUGACCUGGCGAUGUUCGAAUGUAAAGAAUGUUAUCACGUCCACGGUGACAGCCUCAGCACUAUCGCGUUCUGUGAGGGAUGCAAGAGAACGAGCCACCAGCAUAAACUGCGGGUUAAUCACAAGUGUCGACAAAUCCAUGUGCCGCAGUGGUAUCUGGAAAAGUACCAUGCAAAGCAGGCCCAGGGGCAGGCGAUGGCAAUACCACGCGAGAAAAUGGAGCUCUUCUGCGUCAUUUGUAUACAAACAAGCCAUUAUGUGUCGUUCGUUAAAACUGGUAAAGGGAAGGACGCUAAAUGGAUCUUCUUUGAUUCUAUGGCUGAUAGAAUGGGUGAACAGAGUGGUUACAACAUCCCAGAAGUGAAGGAGUGCAGUGAAAUUCCACGCUGGCUGUCUGACGAGUAUUACAAGGACAUUAUGAAGAGUCCUGAUGACAAAAACCUCCCCGAGCACAUGAGGAGACUCAUCUGUGACGCCUACAUCUGCAUGUACCAGAGUCUGGAUGUGAUGAAGUUUAAUUGAAAGCGUAACUCUUAAUCUGCCUGUUCCAGAGUAUUGACUACAUGAAAUUUAAAUGAAAGUGUAACUCUUUCAUGAGUUAUUCUGCAUGUACCAGAGCCUUUAUGUAAUCAAGUUUACUUAAAUUUGUUAAAUUUGAAACAAGUUAAAUUAUGAAGUUCAAUUCUGUAGAUUCCUAAAGGUCCUUUUUUCAUGAUUUGUACUAGCCUUGGCCAAUUUUACCAGGGCCAAUUUUACCAGGUUUAGAACUUUCUAGGCCAUAAUUUUAACAAAAGGAAAACAGUACCGUAAAUGACUGGGUAUUAGACGCCCUUUUUUCACUCAGAUUUCGAUGCAAAAAAAUGCCUGCGUAUAAUACCCAGUAACAAUUUUUUUAACUUUUUUUCUGAGGUCGAUUUCAAGUCUAGAGUUUGUUUAGAUAUAUGUAGAAAGGGAUGUUACUCGCGUCAUAUCAAUCGAGUAUAUAUGAGUUAAAAUGGCAGUUGAUGAUCGGGAUACGGUAUAUCGUAAGACGUUUAUAAUUUAAACAAAAAUAUUUUUCGAUUCAAGUUAUUCAAUAUUAUUUUGAAUAAUAAAUUGAAUUGAACAAUAAUUAAACUUGCAUAUAUAUAAAAAAGCAAAGUUGGGCACUGUCAAAAUAUUUUUUGUCAGUUGUACAAGAAGGUGUGAAAAACUCUACUGCUUUUAACCUGUUUAUCAAUGGUCAUUAACUUAUUUAUUACGCCUAUAAGUGUAAAUCCUUCAUCAAGUUAAUUAAAACACCAUUUUAUACAUGUAUUAAAUUGAAUAAACACAUUCAUUUGGCUUUAGAUCAAAGCGUCACACUGUGAGACGUCACAUAACUUACAGUUAUACCCAAGAGGAUCUCGUGGAGAGCAUGGACAUUGCUAUGCAGGAUUUAUGUAUAACUGUACGAUUAUUGCUUCUUACAGUCUAUAAGUGUGGUACAAGUUUGAAAGUUUAUCGGCAGAUCGUUUUACAAACAUGUCAUGUUUAUGUUUUCUUAAUCCCUUGAUUGCCCUUGUUGUUUCUUUAAUCCUCCAAUAAAUAUAUCACACUUCCUUUUCAACAGGCAAUAAAUCGUUUAGGAUGGGGUAGUAACUAAUCAACUUGUCACAGUGGUGUAUAUGGUUAGGUAAUCUAGCCAGGCAUUGUAAAGAUAAAAAUCAAUAAUCUUCGUCUGUGAAACUUGGUAACUGUGAAAGUUAUGAUUGAUGUCCUUUGGGUGUCCGAAAAUUAGGUACGCAAAAUAAAUUAUUUUGGAAAAUAAUUAUGGGUGUCCGAAUAUUUAGAGUGUCCGAACUCUUAGGUACUUUAUUGUUUUCUGUAGGUGUUGACAUUUUGAGAACAAAUCCGUACAAUAUAAGGUUUUUGCAUAACUUAACUUUUCACUCUCAACAGUUUAUCAUUGUAUGGUUUUAAAGAUAACCGUCGCCAUUUUCUCGAAAAAUAUUUUUUGGUCACUGUCAACAAACAUGGUGGCCGAAAAUGCCAGACGAUUUGACAUCUUUUCUAUGCGUCUUUUAACCAAAAACAUUAUUAAGAUUAAAAGUUUUUUUCUUGGACUUUUCACAUAUUUUUUUCCCUGCGUCUAAUACCCCCUAUUGUCUUAUACCCAGUCAUUUACGGUAGUUAAUUAUUUUUCUGCUAGGAUUUAAAUUUUCGACUGAACUGAAUCACGAAAAUUAAUCCUUGGCAACAUUAGUUACUAUGUUUUGGAUUGAUUCACGAAUCUUAAAACUGGAGAAAUACAGUCAGUAUAUUUUAAAGAGAAUAUUGGUGGCAAAUGUGUGUGGUCAAAGUAGCAGAGUUUCCUUGAACUGAUAGUGUAGCAGUAUUUUGUUGUUGUUUGCAUUUGUCGCUGUCAGUGUGGUUUUUUUUGUAGAAUGUUUAAAGGCCAUUUUAAACCUUCAAAGAGGUAUUUACUAAUUCAGCUUGGGAUUUAUGUUACAGUAGAGGAAAUUCAUCAGUUAUGUUGCCUACAUGUUAGUUGAAUUGUAAUAAUUAAAAAUUAUAACCGCUCACUGUGCCAUUUGAGACAAUAGUGUUUCACUAAAAGAAAUCUACUACAAACAAGGAUUAUGUGCAAACGUCAAAUAAGUCACCUAUUCCCUGCAUUAUUUUGCUCUUAUCAAAAUGAAGCUAAUAAUGUAUGAGCUGUGAUAUGCAAUAUUGAGCCUUAAGAUGGACAUUUAAUUUCUGGUUGAAUUUCAUCAUUCAAAUAAAUGACAUUCCAGAAGUGACAUUUUCAGUGCUGGAAAUUUCAAGAUUAUAUCAUCUCUACUUCAGCUUUCUAGUAUAGGGAUAAUGUUUUUUAUUGUCAUUAUUUUUUCUGUUCAUCAUAAAGAGACUCGUUCCCAGAUUAAAGGUUGGCAACAUUUGUUUUUUAAUUUUUUUCAAUUUGAGUUAUUUUUUUUACUUUUAAGGAAAGACACCAAACUGCAACUGGAAGAUAUUUAUUUGAACAGAUUUUAGUAAAUCCAAGACUAGAAUCAUUCAAUUCCCAAUAGCGAUUUUCAAAAUACAGAGCAUUUUCUGUCACAAUUUAAAAAAGUUAUUCAUAAUGCAGCUCUAAUUUGAAUAGUUGUUGGUGUUGUAUUUUUGAAACAAGCAUUUUGUUCACAUUUUACAUGAAUUUAUAAUGUUUGAUGUCUGACAUGAAACAUGAAUGAGUCCCUUUAAUAUUGUAAAUUGCACUGAAAAAUAAGAUUAUUUGUAUUUGAAGAAAUCCUGUGUUUGUGGACUUUUAUUGUUAAUUUUCUUUUUAAACCUGUGAUGAACAUGUAGGUUAUUGAAUGUAAACAACUAUGUUCAUAAGUUAUGGUAAGUUUUCCAUGCCUGCAUGGUGUACCUCCAACCCCUGGGAUUUUGACAAGUUUCUCUACAUGAGGGGUGGGAUUUAACAUUGGACAAAACACUGAUAUGUGCAUCAGUAGUGGAAAGAAAACCAACUUGACCCAAUAUGUCUUCGUAAGAAUAGUUAAAUUAUUCAGUUUUAACUGUGGAACUUGAACUGUAGUGAGGUCAAAACUGCUUUUGAAAAAUAUAAUCUAGCUAUGUCUUUAUCCUGGUUGGCGGACUGACUUGGUCUGUCACAAUCCUACUGUCAGGUAUCACCUGCUGUUUUAAGUCCCCUUUUUGCCCUGCAUGAAAAAGGUUGUUGUGAUGGUCAUUUGGUGGUCUUUUAACAAAAUUAACCUGGUAUGGUGGACGCUAUAUCAGUAUUAGUAAGCAACCAACAUUCAAAAUAGCAGUGAAAAUAACAAUUGAUAUUUUCGCUGCAGUGAAAAUGACAUAUUUUACAAAAGAGCAUAAGUGGAAUUAGGUUUUGUUACAUUGUUCUAGAACAAUGGUACUCCAGGCAAAGGAUUGAAGCGCUAUGGAUGUGACAUUUAUUAUUGCUGAUGACACUAGAGAGCCGGAAUAACAUGGUGUAUGGUAUAAAUAGACAGUGUGCUUUUUGAUUGAAAAAUGUGUUUAUGGGAAAUGUUUUGAAGAUUUUAAUGAGAAUAAUAUGACUAUUUAUUUGAUGAAAAAUAAAAUUAUUAC